UUAAUUAAUGAAAAAGGGAGCACCAAAAUAUUAAAACAAAAUUGGAUUCAAAAUGAGAUUUCAUGAUCAUUACACAGAGAAGGUAUAGAAUGCCUCAUUAGACAGGUACACUUUUUAUAUAAAUAUAGGUUAUGUGAAUUAUGUUUAGCUUAAAUCUAAUGGAAAAUUAAAUAUGGUAAAUAUAAGACUCCUCAUGAUUUAUCAAGAUGUUCUAAAUGUGAAAAGAAAAAUAUCUUUAAAGCAUAUAGAAGAUUAUGUGAUGUAUGUUCUGAUGAAUUGAAACAAUGUUCAAAAUGUACAGAACCUAUUGAUAUUAAUGAUGAAAGUUCAAGUGGAGAAGAAAUGGAUGAAACAUUAAAAUGUUUAAGAGAAAGAUCAAAAAGAACUAUUCUUAGAAAAAUUGAAAAAGGUAAUAAAUUCUUUUUUUAAUCUAGGGGACAUUUCAUGGGAUAAACAUAAUAAAAAAUUUAUUGAUAAUGAUACUGGAGAAUAAGUUAUUGUUCAAUUCAAAAAAGAUUAUAUUGAUGAAGAAGAUGAACAAUUAUGGGAGGAUAAUGAUAGUGAUGAUGAUAAUGAUGAUAAUGAUGAUAAUGAUGAUGAAGAUGAUGAAGAUGAUGAAAAUGAUGAUGAUGAGAAAAAUAAGAAUGACAACGAACAAAAUAAAAAUUAUAAAAAUUAACAAAAACAUGUUUAAAUCUAGUAACAAUAAAAAGUACAAAAAAAAUAGAAAUAAUAAUCAAAAUUAUAAAAAAAUAAAAAAGUUUAAUCUAGUGAUGAUGAUUCAUUUAGUGAUGAUGAUUCAGAUGAUUAAAACUAAUUCAAAUAAAUUUAAUAAACAAUACAAAAAGAUCAAUCUGUUUAUUCUGAUGGAUCAAAUGAGUAAGAAAAAAUAAUUAGAAAAGAGAAAAAUUUUAGAUUUUAUUUUGAUGAGAAAUAUCAACUAGAAUAAGAUGAAUGA